AUGGCACCUCUCAAGCUAAACAGCAAGAACCUAUCUCAAAUUGCAGCGGCGGGCGACGGGCAGGUCCAGGUCCCUACCUACAAGCGCGAUCGCGCUGUCAAGGAGGGAAUUGUCCAUGUUGGCGUUGGCGGCUUCCACAGAGCUCAUCUGGCUGUCUACGUCGACCAGUUGAUGCAGAAGCAUGGUGUUAAGGACUAUGCAAUUUGCGGCGUUGGCCUGCAACCCUUCGACGCCACCAUGCGUGACGUCCUGAGGAAGCAGGACCACCUCUACACUGUCAUUGAGCGUUCAGCCAAGGGAAGCUUUGCCCACGUUGUUGGCUGCAUCAACUCCUAUCUCUUCGCCCCCGAUAACCGCGAAGCUGUCAUUGCCAAGAUGGCGCACCCCGAUACUCACAUUGUGUCGCUUACCAUCACCGAGAGCGGCUACUACUAUAACGAAAACACACACGAGCUACAAAGCGAGCACCCAGAUAUCCAGUUCGACCUCGACCCAGCCAACGAGAAGACGCCGCGGACCACAUUCGGUUUCCUCUAUGCUGCUCUGGCCCGGCGUCACCAGCGGGGACUCAAACCCUUCACUGUCAUGUCGUGCGAUAAUAUGCAGAAGAACGGAUCGAUCACACGCCACAUGCUUGACUCGUUUGCGCGCCUCCGCAACCCAGAGGUCGCCAAGUGGAUCACCGAGCAGGGCGCUUUCCCCAACGCCAUGGUCGACCGUAUCACACCUCAGACCUCAGCCGCGGACAAGACGGCACUCGCAGAUAACUUUAGCAUCGAGGACGCAUGGCCAGUGGUCACGGAGCCCUUCAUGCAGUGGGUUAUCGAAGACCAGUUCUCCGAUGGCCGCCCACCAUUCGAGAAGGUCGGCGUGCAGGUUGUCAAGAACGUGCACGACGUAGAGCAGUUCGAGAAGCACAAGCUACGUCUGCUCAAUGGCAGCCACUCUGCCAUUGGCUACCCAGGACAGAUGGCAGGCUUCAAAUAUGUUCACGAGGUGAUGGAGAACCCACUAUUCAAUAAAUUGGUGUGGCAGAUGAUGCAGGACGAGGUCAAGCCGCUCCUGCCGGAUAUUCCGGGCGUCAACAUUGACGAGUACUGCAAGACGCUUAUGGAGCGUUUCUCCAACCCCACAAUAAUGGACCAGCUGCCUCGCAUCUGUCUCAAUGCUUCUGGCAAGAUCCCUCAGUUCAUCAUGCCCUCCAUUGCCGAGGCUAUCUGGGUCACUGGUCCGUUCCGCCGCCUGUGCUUUGUCGCGGCCGCUUGGUUCUGUUACCUGAAGGGUGUCGACGACAGCGGCAACAAGUUCGCUGUCGACGACCCCAUGCGCGAAGAGCUCCAGGCCAAGGCUCAUGCCGGCGGUGCCAACCCCGCUCAGCUGCUCAGCAUUAAGAACCUCUUCGGUGACGACUUGCGCAACGACAAGCGGUUCAUUCGGGAGAUCACCAGAGCCAUGGAAGACAUCACUCGGGACGGCGUUCUGAAAACGCUUCCCAAGUAUGUCGAGUAA